AUGUCUGACAAGCCUGACAAGCCUGACAAGCCUGAAAAGCCUGACAAGGGCAAGCAGCCUUCCAAAGAGCAGGCUCGGGACAAGUGGGCUAUCGAUCUCUCCAAGUCUGGUGGUCUCGAGAUCAAGGGUUCAUCUCAGGAGCAGCCUGUCGAAGCCAGCAGCUCUUCUAACAAUGCUUCCGUCACUCCCAUGGGUCAACCUUUUCCUGUUGCCGGACGUUCUAAGAAUGCUAACCUGGUCACCGUGAGCCCGCUUCUUCCUGAUGUCGGAAGUUCCAAGAAUGCCAAAAUGGACACCGUGGGCCCUCCUCUCCCUGCUACCCAUGUCACCGUCAUCAUCCGCUUCCCCCACGGCGACGUCCGCCUGCCCUUGUUUGUUGUUGGCCGCCACCCCAUGUUCGCUGAAAUGUUUGAGGGCGGUAUCCUCCACUGGCCUGGUGCUUCUGAGCGUCAGGCUCGAAUCAUCACUCACUACCUACGGGACCCCAAGCCCAAGUACAAGAUGGUGCAUUGCGAGAAUUUGCCCCAUGAGGUUAGACUGGAGCGAGAGUUCGCCGAUGCUCUAGCAAUCAAUGCUCAGGCAACUUCUUUCAAUCUCCCUGAACUUGCCGCUCUGGCUCUGGCCCACAUGGAGGAGUAUGGGAACAUGAUUUCCCUUACCAGGAUCAUGGUCAACUUCAUGGCUCAGGGUGAAUGGUACCAGCGAAAUCGGGCCUAUGUUCAGCACUACGUGACUCGCCGUUUCGCUUCCACCCACCCAACGGCUAUGCAUCAUGACCGUGGAGGGCUCGGACUACAAACUGGCGAUGCCCUGAUCGACGGCCUUCUCGGUGCAAUCAACAGCCUCCGCUUCCCUGACUUGCGCUACGCACCUGAGCCUCGUUACCCCUACUAA